AUGGUUGCUAUAGCCUAUGCAACUUCAAACAACAGUCCAGAAAACUUAAUUGUAGAAAUCCUCAUAGCAGGAUUCUGCGGUCAACUCAAAGGUUGGUGGGAUAACUAUCUCACUGAAGAAGAAAGACUCCAAGUCCUGUCAGCCAUCAAACAUGAUGAUGAAAAUAACCCCAUUAGAGGAGAAGAUGGAGAUUAUACCUCUGAUGCUGUCAAUACUCUUAUCUUCACUAUAGCCCAACACUUCAUAGGAAACCCCUCCUUGAUCAAAGAUAGGUCUGGCGACUUACUAUUCAACCUUAAGUGCAAAUCUUUAGGAGACUUUAGAUGGUACAAAGAUACCUUCCUGACUAGGGUUUACACUAGAGAAGACAGUCAGCAGGCCUUCUGGAAAGAAAAGUUCCUUGCAGGUCUUCCCAAAUCCUUAGGCGACAAGGUUAGGGAAAAACUCAGGAGUCAACAUCCUGGCGAAGAAAUCCCUUACCAAACCUUAAGUUACGGUCAGCUUAUCGCUAUAAUCCAAAAAGUUGCUCUUAAGAUCUGCCAAGAUGACAAAAUCCAGCAGCAACUCUCAAAAGAAAAAGCCCAAAAUAGAAGGGACUUAGGAACCUUCUGUGAACAAUUUGGUUUUGGAGUUCGUUGUGAAAAUAAAUCCAAAACUAAACCUAAGCAUGAUCUUCCCAAACCUCAACAUAGAAGAAAACCUAGACAACCCUACAAUAAUAGGAAACCUAGAACUAAAACUACUCAACAAACUGAAAAGCCUUAUGAGAAUACUAACAAUUCUCGCAAUAAAACCAUUACCUGCUAUAACUGUGGCAAGCUUGGCCAUUAUAGUAAGUAUUGUAGGCUCAAAGGAAAAUUUUCUGAGCUUAAACUUGACUCAGAAGUUGAAGACAAUAUCAUCAAUCUCCUUGACCAAUCUUCUGAUGAGGAAGAACCACAUUCCCCUAAUUCUGACAAAUCUGAAGACCUUAAUCAAAUCCAGGAUGAUGAUUGUUCUCAAUCUUCCUCCUCUAUUAAUGUCCUAACCAAUGAGCAAGUUGAUGAUUGUUCUCAAUCUUCCUCCUCUAUUAAUGUCCUAACCAAUGAGCAAGAUUUGCUCUUUAUGGCAAUUAAUGCCAUUCCUGACCCAGAAGAGAAAAGGAAAUAUCUUGAGAGACUCAAAUCUACCUUAGAAAGCAAACCUCCUAAGGGUCCUCUCACCACCAACAAAUUUAAUCUUAGAGAAACUUUUAAAAGGCUUGAGAAAUCUAGUAUUAAGCCUGUUACCAUCCAGGAUCUCCAAUCUGAGGUCAACAACUUAAAAAUUGAGGUCAAAAGCCUGAAGCAACAAUAG